AUGGAGCCGCUGACGUUCCAAAUUCCGACACCCCAGGGUGUGAAGAUCUUUAAAGACGAUGAAGUCAGGCAAUGGGGUAAUGUUCGGCUCGAUGACGUCGAACCACAGGAUCGCCUCAAAAAACUCUCUCGCUUGGACCGAGUCAAGCUGCGGGUUUUCUACACUGUGGCGGUCUGGCUUCGUGAGCAGAAAUGCCUCAAUGAACAAAACUUACCCUCCGCGCUUCAGCUCAGACUCACCAAGAGCGUGUGUCCACUUACGCCCCGACAAGCUGCUUUGCGUAUCAAUGGCAAAUUUGAACGCACUACUCAGAGCGGAAUGGCUGGGGAUUUUAAGAGCAAGCUCCAACAGCUGUUACAACGGCGUUUCCCACACAUGUCGAUCAACGAGUUGCUGAAAUACGAAGCCCGAAUGGAAGAGGCAGGAUGGGUGGCCCGUGUGGUGGUCCAGUUGCCCGAUGGAGACCGCUGCGAAUCUUCAGACCAAUGUCUGAACAAGAAGGACCCCGCUGGGUCGAGGGGGCGCCUAAGUCAUGACCCACCUCCCACCCUGGUUUCGUUUGGACAGUAA